GGAGACAAAGUGCUCACCCUCCCUCAUACACACACGCGCACACACACGCUGUAAAACUUAAGAGUCUGAGAGUUCAGAGGGAGCAAGCACACUCGUAGGAGGACCGAAACAGCUGAAGCAGUCCAAAAGCUGCAGACUUGAUUAACUUUUGGCUCGAAGGCGAGGAUUAACUCACCACACAGUCCAUUUUCUCACGUCUGAGGAGCAGAGAUGGCAGUCAGCUCGUUCAACAGAAGGCAGUGGGCCUCCCAGUCCCUCCGUGUCACAGCCAAAGAGCUCUCCAUAGUCGGACCACAGGGGAAAAAUAGCGCCAUAGCAGAACGGUUCUCAAAGUACCAGAAAGCAGCAGAAGAGAUCAACUCGGACAAGAAAAAAGCCGUGGAAGACGUGACUCUGCACCCCGGCACUUUGAGCGCACUGAAAAAGCGCUGGGAGACUGAACAACCCUUCUCUUCCGACCAAAGUCCUUGCACUUCAUCAGCAUACACUCCACCACGAUCUGCAAGCUCUGCCAACGCAAACUUCCGCUCGAAGGUCAUGGAGAUGCAGAUGGAGAAGACCCCACAGAGCGACAUAGCGGACAUGGACAAGCCCAACGUGCCUCUCAGCAGCCUGAAAAUGAUGUUCGAGAGCAAGGUUUCUGAAGAGUCGGUACAGCCUUCAGGAAGUGACCCUGACAAAAUGGAACUCGGAGACAAAGGAGUGUUUGAGACGGUGGUGGAGACCACGCCCCUCAGGGAGAGAAUGGCCCUCUAUCAGGCCGCAGUGUCUAAACUAGACGUGUCUUCAUCCUCUUGUGGCCAGAGUGAAGUGGACGGUGAGGCACGUGCUUAUAGAGUCAAGCAGAAAGAAAACGUCCCUCCAGUCCUGCUAGAUGUGCCCUCCUCUCCUGAUCCUGACAGCAGAAAAACUUUAACCAUGGAUGACAACAACUCCAGUGUGGAUACUCCUGUUUCCGACCAAACUAAAACUGUUAAGAAGUUCAGUUUGCCGCCACGUGAGAGCUGUGUGAUGUGCAUGAAGACCGUGUACCCCCUGGAGCGACUGGUGGCCAACCAACAAAUUUAUCACAACUCCUGCUUUCGCUGCACUCACUGCAACACAAAGCUGAGCCUGGCAAACUACGCCUCCCUCCACAACACCGUCUACUGCAAGCCGCACUUCAGCCAGCUCUUCAAGGCCAAAGGGAACUACGACGAAGGUUUUGGACACCGACCUCACAAGGAGUUGUGGGACACCCGAGGAGAGGAUGCAGAGGACCAGGAGGACAGCAAGGAGUCUCCGGAAAACCCCAGCAGUCCCAUGGUGGAGGAGUCUCCAUCGGUUAAAGUGAACGUCCUCACUGCCUCGCUGGAGACACGGGCCCAGGAUACGUCCGAGAAGCUGGAGAAACCGGUGGAAACAAGACGACUGAAGAUCUCCUGGCCUCCGAGAGCAGACAGCGAGGAAGCUUCACCUCAGAGCGGUGGGUGCACGCUGGCUGAAGAGGCCGCCGUCUGUCCCAGCCGCCCAAAGUGGCCACCAGAGGGCGACAAGAGCCCACUGUGUACUGAAAAAGCAGAGCUUUCCGACAUCCGCAGGAGCACCUCGCUUAAAGAGCGCAGCCGGCCCUUUUCAGUUAACAGUCCUGCCUCAGCCCUGCCUGAGGGAGACUCGAGCCCACUCUGUGCUGGAAAAGCAGUAUUCUCCGACGUCCGCAGGAGCGCCUCGCUUCAAGAACGCAGCCGCCCCUUGUCAUUCAGCAGCCCGGCCUCAGCUGUCAAUCAACCCAGUCUGACAACCCCCACUCAGCACCAGCCUCUGCAAGAGGAGGAAACAAGUGAAGCAGCUGGACAGGAGGAAGUAGAAGAGGAAGAAGUCAAAGGUAGCUGUGGCGAAGAAGCCACUGAGGAGAAAGAUCAGCCAGAAGAGGAGGAGCCGGCAUCUUUCACAUGCCAGAGUACAUCCCUGGAUGAGACACCUCCACCCUCUCCCCUCAGCGAGGGCGAAUCGAGCUCUGGGUUCGAGCAGAAACACUCUCAGGAUGUCGGAUUCUUUGAGGGCGAGGAAGAGCAGGACGAGUGCGUCGAGGACGUGAUAAGAAAAAACCGUUACUACGAAGAAGACGAAGAAGAGGACGAGGAUGACGACGACUAAUGUGUUAACAAUAAAUGAGUGAAACAAAAAUUAAAGUCCACUGACUUGCACAGGAUCACCUUCAUUGGUCUUUCUUUUAUCCCUGUGCAGUGAGUGAAUCCAGAUUUCCACAUGUGCAGCACAUGAGCUUCUAUUUUUAUUGGUACUUUUAUGUAUGUACUGUGUGUAUGUGUUUUCUACAUCCUAUGUCUGUUUUUGUAGCUUUUGCCAGUUUAGUUUUCAGUAGCAUUUUAUAGCCUCUUUUAUCAUGUUACCUGUUAGUUAGAAGUGCCAAGAUUUAGGGAAUCGGACACCGUGCCAUGACGAUGCAGAGGAACUGGACAUGAUUUUUAAAAAAUAAAUCGCUAAAGCAAAAUGCAAAUGAAAUUCCCCCAAUGGAAAAGCCAGUUCACUGAAGGGGAAAGGACACAAAAAAGCAUUUGCUUCUGGUAGCGCUUACCUUGACGUUAUCUUCCACCUUAGACUGUGAAUUCCACAAACAGAAAACAAUAAGUGGUCUCUGGUCACUAAAAACAGAGGGUGGAAAUCGCUGGGUAUCAUUUACUCCACCGUUCAUCAUUAAGGUUGUGGUAAAAUUCCGUUUUUUCCUUCUGCUCGCUAGGAUUUUCCUGCUCUUCUCUACUUCUGUUUCAUAAUCCAAGGGCAAAAAGCAGCCAACUAGCAAGUCAUUCAUUAUUAUUCAUUUUUCUUCAAAUGCAAAAUAGGUUUUUUGAUAGAGCAUUAAGACUUGGCAGUCAUCCAGCUGUGUGAGCUAGAGGCUCUGACUUUGGACGUUUGUUUUGGAAAUGUUUCUGUAUUAGACAUGAUCCUGUGUGGCUGUAUCCACGCAUGCAUUUUAACAUGUUUUUGCACACUUGCAUUUUAAAUGUUACUGUGUUUUGUUUUGUUUUUUAAUCAGGGGACCAAAUUUCUUUCAAUAAAUAAGUAUUUAAUGAA